AUGGCUGUACAUGAGGUUGCGUUGCUGGAUGGGGCUUUCGCUUCUCUGGCAUCUCGCCUCGUUCUGCCUGACCCUGCACUGGGAGCAGGUGGAUCAAGGGGGGCAUCACAUCGGAGCCGAAUUUCCGUGGCGGAAAUCGUUGAAAUUACUGCCGUCUCUACACUGGCAUCGAAGACUGAAAUGGGUGAUAACAACAACUGUGUGCAUCCUAGGAUAUCAAAGGAAGUAGCUACAGGGACAGUACAUGCACUGGUUGUAAUCUUCCAGGAAUCAUUGGAGUUGGGAAAAGUUCCAGAGAAGUGGACUGCCAAUAUAACACCCUGUCAGCACAGAGCAGCUGAAGGUCGGCUUUCACAUGUCCUACUACUGUCAUCGACAGUGGCCCUUCUUGGUGGACUGAUUUUUGGAUAUGAAUUAGGAAUCAUCUCGGGUGCGCUACUGCAGCUCAAGGAAGUCUUCAGCCUUAGCUGCUUGCAGCAAGAAAUAUUGGUCAGCGCCCUUUUGAUUGGGGCUUUCGUUGCCUCAUUGAUUGGAGGGAUAGCUGUUGAUUAUCAUGGACGAAGAAACUCAAUCAUUUUGAGUGCAGUACUACUGUGUGUUGGAAGCAGUAUUCUCUUACUGUCCUCCUCAUUCGUGCUGCUAGUGAGUGGCCGGCUGACUGUAGGAUUUGCCAUGUCCAUUUCGUCCACAGCCUGUUGUAUAUAUGUUUCUGAAAUCGUUAGCCCCCAUCAUAGAGGCAAGUUGGUGUCUCUUUAUGAAGUUGGUGUCACAGUUGGCAUCUUGAGUGCCUAUGCAUUAAAUUACAUUUGGGCAGAUAUAAGAAAUGGAUGGAAGUACAUGUUUGGUCUGGUCAUUGGCCCAGCGGCUUUCCAAGGAGUCAGCGUUCUUCUCCUUCCCUCAACCAUUGAGAGGGUCAGAAGUCAAGGUGAUGAUUCACAGAAAAUUCUGCUACAAUUACACAAUGGAGAGCAUGAUGACUCAGACUCCGAGGAUGUUAAUUCAACACAAGGAAUCAACCAACAUUACAGUUACCUUGAUUUAUUUCGAUCUAAAGACAACAUGAGAGCCAGAUUACUGGUGGCACUGGGUUUAGUGUUGUCCCAGCAGCUCACUGGCCAGCCCAAUGUGCUCUACUAUGCCUCGACCAUCUUUAGGUCAGUAGGAUUUCAGAGCAAUGCUUCAGCAGUACUAGCUUCAGUCGGACUGGGAAUAGUCAAAGUUGUUACUACUGUAGUAGCCAUGAUAUGUACUGAUAAAGUUGGAAGACGAACAUUGCUAAUCGCUGGCUCUGUUGUAAUGUCAGUGUCAGUCACUGUGAUUGCGUUCUCAAGCCAGAACAUUACAAUGGAAUCCCAUAUGAGCUGCAGAGUAAACACCCGGGUUAAUGACUCAUACCAUAUGUUAAAUUCUAGUACAGUUUACUCCAAACCAGUUCUUUGGAAACCAAAUCCAACAUUCAGCAAGGAAAGUUCAAUGAAAGGCCAGGGCAAACAGCAAGCAGCAAAUGAUGAAGGAAUGAACAGCAGUUCACUCAGUGAGCCAGCAAUUCGAUUUGUCAGUGCAGUGGACUCUUUAAAUAAUACUUCACAUGAAGAUUUCCAUUUGAGGAAAAUAAGGAGUCACCUGACACAGCCAGCAGUAAGCUCUGCUCACAUCUCCAAACAUUUAGCCUUAAAUUGGAUUACACUGCUUUUCAUGAUGGCCUUUGUCAGCGCAUAUUCAUUUGGGUUUGGUCCAAUGAAGAAUUUUGAAAGACUUGCAUUUAUCUAA